CACAAAUAAAAGGCUUUUCUCCCUCAUCAGUCAUCAGUCAUCUUCUUCGAGUUGACUUUGGCGUUUCUGCAUCAUCAUUAGCAGCAUCCAUCAGCAGCAUCGACAGCAUCGGUUGCAUAUACAUAGUGGAUAUACAAUCACCAUGCCGGCAGUUAACUACCGCGUCGUCGAGCCACAUCCGUCAGUCCCUCACAGCGGCCGUCCAGCUCUUCACACGGCUCGCGGAGGCGCCGGCAAUGUCAUCAACCUAAAGAAUACCAAGACCACCGACUCACGCACCGCUACGGGCCCGGCUUCUCUGACCCGUCUGGACUCGCACGUACCAUCAACAUUCACUUCCGGCCGCGGCGGCGCCGGCAACGUCCACCGCAGCAGUGAGCGCGCCAUCUUCAGCUUCGAUGAGGAGCUGGAGCGCGAGAUGCGCCGCGCUGCGCCGGUAUAUCAUGUUGGCCGCGGCGGCGCAGGGAACAUGAUCCACCGCGAGAACGAGAAUGAGAGUAUUCUCAGCCGCAAGUUCUCUUCCACCAGCAAUACAUCGGCUAAGAGUAAUAUCUCUUCAACGAGUGACCGUGCGCGGGAAAUGGCUCGCCGCGGCCUCGAGAAGGGCUGGGAGAAGAUCAAGGGCAUGGCGUAGACAUGGACUUUCUCAACUCGACUUCAACAUUCCCAAUCUGUCCUGUCUUGCUCGCCUCCUUUCCUUAUAGCGCCUGGUUCCCUAUCCAACGCAUAUAGCGGCGUUUGGCUUCAACACUCAUGAUCACGACGAUUUACGACCACCAAAAGUUCUCUGAUUUCCUUCAUUCUCACUCAUUCGUUUUCCUCUGUCAGAUCACCAUCUCUCACUUUCAUCUUCUAUUCGACAUCACAUUCUACGCCUUUAAUCCGUCGCUUCGCUUCUUUUCAAACCGACCUGUCCAGCUCACCGGGCGGUCACUUCUACCUGUUCUGAUUUGAAACAACAAACCAUUCUCAAAAAAAUUCUAUGAUACCCCAGUCUCCGGACACUUUGAUACCCUUUUGCUGGUCUCCAUUACCCUCAGGGUUAUUUAGCCUGUCUGGAGCAUUUACUGUUUACUAUUAUUACCCAGCAACGGCAGUUGCAUGUUGUUUCUCAAUCUCGCUAUGUAUCCGUCUAGCUAGCAUAUCCUAAUGGGAAAAAAAAACAAGCAAACAGCACAUCUGAAGUAUUCCUGUUCUUA